GUUGCGACGUCAUUGUCUGCUUCCUCCCUCUUCGUUUCACCUGUUUGCCUCCAAUGCCUUGAUUCAAGGUUUGUCGUCGUAGUAUUUGCGGGAUGGGAUGAUGUGAAUAUUUACAGAGCCACUUGGCCCUGUCUCUUGUCUGUUCUCUUGGUGCUGAGGCUGGUUCUCACCACACCCUGCCCGUUACUUCCAGGUAGGCAAAGUCCUUUUCCCACUUCCUUACCUAUUUUCGACAGGAAUCUCUCCUGGAGUGCCCUGUUAUGGGCAAACAUGUCUUCUACGGACGACUUCGACCCAGAAUCUCAGCGGAGAACAUACCAAGCCCCUCACUCUGCCCGCCAUCCUAUUCCUACCAUCCAGAAAUACAGGGCCGAGCGGAGCGAGUUGAACAACCAGCAGCAACAAGCCGAAGAGGCCCAGCAUGACGAGACCGACGAUUCCACCGUCAAAAGAGCGUACCACGCCGCCAAGGGCAUCUUGAAGGGCGAGGAGGAGGGUCCCAGGUCGACGCACGAACCCUACAGGUCUCAAAAUCGGAAUAUCCAGAGGUCCUCGGACACAGGAGGAGGGGGAGAAGCCCAGGAAGAAAGGCAGGAUCGAGGAGACGUGGACCGGGAUCAAAAACAAGAACAAGAGGGCCGGGAUGAAGGAGACACCAAGACAGAUCAACCAGGCCAAUCGGCCACCGAGGCCGUGGCAGGCCACCAUGACCCUCGCCAGAAGAGAAAGGACAUGAAACACAAGAAGCGCAGCGAUGGCGGGAGAGAGGUCACAGACCCCGUAACCCACUUGCCCAUCAUCAUCAGAGACUCGACACGCAAGGAUCUCAAGGCCGCUGAGGAGAACAUCCCCGCGACCGGAAGCGACUUUCGGACUAAGACUGGACUCAGUGGUGCCAGGAAAUCGGGCAGGGAACUCGCCACGGAGCGCGACGAGGUCCAGGACAGCCUGCACGGCAUGCAGAAGCUGUUCCCGCCUCCGGCGUUCGACGACUUGAAGAAUGAACUGACGACGACGUACGAGCGUGCCAUCACAAUAGGCCUUGUGAGUGUCCUGGGAUUGGUACUGCUGGGAGAGGCCGUCACUCGAGCGUUCGGUGUCAGCAUCUACGAGAAAGGGUCAUCUUUGCAGUCGAGGCUCUCUGCUGCUGCACUGGUCAUCCUCAUACCAGGCGUCAUGGCCGCCUCCGUGAUAUUGCUGGUCAGAGAUUGGCUCGGUAAGAAGGUAGACGCGAUCUGCAAAGACGAGGUCUGGGAUGCCGCACGACAGGAAGAACUUCACACUACUCAGGCCGAAGAUGCCAUCCCAGAGUCGGUCGCUUGGUUGAACAAUCUCUUGUCCGCCGUCUGGCCUCUGGUCAAUCCAGACCUGUUCACUUCCAUCUCUGACAUGUUGGAGGAUGUCAUGCAGGCAUCUCUCCCGAGAGUGGUCCGGAUGGUCAGCGUCGAUGAUCUGGGCCAAGGGAGUGAAGCCUUCCGCAUUCUCGGGAUCAAUUGGCUGCCCACGGGUGCGGCGAGUCAAUCUGUAGGCGCGGAUGGGGAACUCAAGAAGAACGGAGACAAGGAGGGCAAUGAUCGGACCGCGUCCGGGGAGGGAGAGAUUGAGAACGGCGCCGGCGGCAAGGAUCAGAGCAACUCGGACGACAGUGGCCAAAACAACCAGCAAAAGGAGGAGGAUCAGCAAGCAAUCCGUGAGGGCAUGGAGGCUGAACAGGGCGACUUUGUCAACAUGGAGCUCGCAUUCGCCUAUCGUGCCCGGUCUUCGGGCAAGUCUUUGCAAGCAAAGGCAAAGAACGCCCAUCUCUACCUCAAGUUCUACCUGCCAGGUGGCGUUGCCGUCCCGGUCUGGGUGGAACUGCGCGGGAUCAUUGGCACAAUGCGUCUUCGAUUACAGCUCACUCCUGACCCUCCAUUCUUCAGCCUCUGCACUCUGACGUUCAUGGGACAGCCGCAGGCGGAUUUGUCCUGUGUGCCACUAUCCCGCCACGCGCUCAACUUGAUGGAUGUGCCACUCAUUUCGUCGUUUGUACAGUCCUCGAUUGAUGCAGCACUGGCGGAGUACGUGGCACCAAAGAGUCUGACAUUAGACCUCAAAGACAUGCUUGUGGGUGACGACUUCAAAAAGGACACAAUCGCCCGAGGAGUCGUCAUGAUCUUUAUCAAAUCUGCCCAGGGCUUCAAGGAAGGCGAUGGAGGCUUUGGUCCGCUUGAGGGGUCGAGUGACGCGUACAUGACCGUUUCGUGGGGCAAGUUUGGCAAGCCUGUUGCCUCGACCAGGAUCAUUGUCGACGACCAGGCACCGAACUGGUCAGAGUGGUCGCAUAUUCUGGUGACGCCUGAAGAACUGAAUGCAGACGAGAAGCUUCGGCUUCAGCUCUGGGAUUCCGACAAAUACACCGCAGACGAUGACCUUGGACGCGUGGAGGUGGACCUUCGUGAACUGAUGCAUAGCUCCAAGACAAAGAACAAGAUGUGUGACCGUGAGGAUCGGUUUGUGGGCGAAGAGCCCGAGGAAAAGAUGCCGGGCACCCUUCAGUGGCAGGUGGGCUAUUUCACCAAGACCAGGAUCACGGAGGAGCAACUUGCGAAACAGACUGCCGAUCCCAACGUCCGCACAAUAGAGGACUUGAGGAAGCAAGUCAGCGAGACGGCCGAGCGCAAGCUGCGAGAGGCCACGGCGCAUGACGAGAGCAAGGAAAUCAAACAGCAAAGGGAAGAAGACUACAAGGAGCGUGAAGACGCCUUGAUCAUCUCGAGUCCUCCGCCGGAUGACUAUGUCAGUGGCAUAUUCAGCAUCCAAAUCCACAACAUCACGGGACUGGAGGUGGAGUCUUUGCAGAAACGAGAGAAAAACACGGGCAACGAUAACCGCGAAGACGAGGCCGAGCAGAAUGAUGACCUGCCCAGUAGCUACGCGACCAUUAUCCUUAACCACCAGAAGAUCUACCGCACGAGAACCAAGCCGAAGAACGCGAAGCCGUUCUUCAAUGCUGGCACGGAACGGUUCGUCCCGGACUGGAAGACUGCAGAAGUCAUGAUUUCCGUCCGUGACGAUCGCGAGCGGGAAGACGAUGCGCUGCUCGGAAUGAUCUACCUCCCUCUGCGAAGGGUCUUUCAGGAAAGGAGCCAGGUCAUGCAGACCUAUCCGCUUGUGGGUGGUAUUGGGUAUGGUCGCGCGCGCAUCAGCAUGGUUUGGCGCAGUGUGGAGUUGAAACUACCGAAAGAAUUACUCGGCUGGAAUUUCGGGACCUUGGAAAUCAAAUGCCCCGUCAGAGCAAAGGGACGAAGCGGAAACACGAAGGAAGCGAGAUCAUUCACCCAGCAACGCAUCAAGUUGCGGACCAACUUGAUGAGAGCCAAGAUGCACCCCAGUGGCUCGGGUGAGGAUGGUGAAUGGAGACCCAAGGGCGACAAAGAAUCCGUCUUCCUUGCGGUCCGCAAACGCUACUCAAGCUCCCUAAUCAUCGAGUGCCGCAAAUCUCGCCUUGGCCCUGACUCCACGCCUGCCUUGGGGGUCUUCUGGCUCAAGGACAUCCCAGACGAGGAAGAGAAAACGAUCGUCGUGAAACUUUGGAAGGGUGGCAAAGAGGCCGCGCAUCGCGCCACCACGAGUUACGGCUAUUCGGGGUUGGAGGAAAACGAGCAGCCGCUGGGCGAACUUGAGCUCACGGUCAAAUUCUGGAGAGGGCUCAGCGGGUAUCACAAGAGCUAUGCAAACAAAGCCCGCAAUGCGGAUUUGAGGCAGGUGAUGGAGGUGUUGGACACGGCGAACGACGAAGGACAGGUCGAUCAGUACGAAGGUGAAUAUAAAGGAGAAAGAGAAAUUGACGACGACGAAGACAGCGACAGCACAGACGAUGAUGAGUCGUCAAGCAAAAAGGACAGAUCCCGCCGCAAGCUGCGCACACACGCCAACGAUGACUCCUCCGCCUCGGACUCGGACUCGGGCACGACGUCUUCAGCCUCCAAGAACCCACUUAACGGUCCCGCCCGUCUCGUGUCCAAGCCCCUCGGCGCAGUCGGCUCCACGGCCGCCCACCUCCUGGACGUCAACGGACAUAAUGACCCCGACGAUGGCUCUCGGGGGUUGAGGGCGCAGGUGAGGGAUUACAAAGACCACCACCGCGAGCUGCACAGGAAGCACAGGGGGAUCAUGCAGUGGAGGGGAGCGCGGACGCUGGACUGGAUGGUCGGAAAGGCCAAGAGGGUUGAGGGAGGAGUGGAGAGAGUUUUCGAAAGGGACAAAGACGGGCGCGGCGGUGACGGUGUCGAGACCGAGGUAUGAUUUGGUCAUCAGCCCUUUCAAAGGUGUUUCUCAGAAUGGCCCCCCCUCGCGAAAGAAACGGAAGAGAGCCAAACCUGCUUUAUUCGAUGCAGGACGAAAAAGCAAAAAAGGACGGGGGAAGGAAGCAAUAUAUCAACCGGAGGGAAGAAAGAUAAUAUAUAUAUAAUCCCUGGACGAGUGCCUUUACUAC